UGACGGAUAGCUCGCUACAUCGCAGGCAACUGUCCACUCUAGCAUGAAUGAGAUGCUGGAGGAGGGCCAUGAGUAUGCUGUCAUGCUCUACACCUGGAGAAGCUGCUCAAGAGCUAUACCACAGGUGAAGUGUAAUGAGCAGCCCAACAGGGUGGAGAUCUAUGAGAAGACUGUGGAGGUGCUGGAACCAGAGGUCACCAAGCUCAUGAAGUUCAUGUACUUUCAGCGUAAGGCCAUCGAGCGUUUCUGCGGGGAGGUGAAGCGUCUUUGCCACGCUGAGCGGAGGAAAGACUUUGUCUCUGAAGCCUACCUUCUCACCCUGGGCAAGUUCAUCAACAUGUUCGCUGUGCUCGACGAACUCAAGAACAUGAAGUGUAGCGUCAAGAACGACCACUCUGCCUAUAAAAGGGCGGCUCAGUUCCUGAGGAAGAUGGCCGACCCUCAGUCCAUCCAGGAGUCACAGAACCUCUCUAUGUUCCUAGCCAAUCACAACAGGAUUACUCAGGUGGUCCCCAGCUCUGGCCCUUGA